UUCAAAAGGCAACAGUUGUUUGGAUGUGUGUUUUUGUGUGCUGAGCGGACUCGUCAGGAUUUACACCUAAUUGGAUAUUCAAAUAAAGCGUUUAAUUUAAUGUUUCAAGUAUGGAUGUAUAUGACGAAGACUUAGAAGAAGACGCUUCUCGAAUUUUGAAGGAUUUAAGCUUAUUUGAAGUGCCAUCGAGGGAAUGUUUUAGUGCCAAUUCAACAACAUUGAAAAAAUCGGAAACUUCAGCCGGUGAAGAUUUUGAGAAGAAAAGGGAAUUGUACGCUAAUUUAAAUUUGGAAUCUCACCCAAAUCUACAAGCCAAUAAAACAUAUACCAAUGUUCCACCAGAAUCGUAUUAUGCUAAAAUACGACCCAGACAGGUAAGUGUUCAACAUGGAUAUGGAUCUGAUGGUUUAUUAAUAAGAGGGAACAAAACAUCAUUGGAUCCGCGUUCAGUGCAAAUUUCUAAUGCUGCUUAUUUGUCAUCAAUAAAACAAAAUGACGUUUCAAGCAAUUUGCUGCAUGCCAAUCGUUCCUUGGGGGCCAUUGAAAGUUUUGUUAAAGCUGGCCAAACUGUGAAAAUUAAAGAUCCCCCUGCUUAUUCUAAAAUUGAUCGGGCAAGUGUCAUUGCUGCAUCAAAAUUUCCGACUCCUAAACAACCACUUCCUGUUUCUGUGAAUAAUUCCUCACUAAAUGUAUCUUUAUCCAAUGGCUUGCACAAAGUUACACUAUCCGGAUCCAGCUCUAGUAUCAAUAAGUCAUAUUUGCAAGUUAGCGAUCAUAACCAGUUGAAGUAUUCUAAUAUUCCGAACAAAAAUCUUUUGAGUUCUAUCUCAGCUAUAACAAAUAGGCACGGUCAUGAUUCAUUACAUUCCAGUCCUCGCAGUAGCCUGAGCAGCUCUAGUGGCAGCCGUGAAUCUCAAAACUCUGGUUCUCCCAGGACAAGCUAUACUGGUCCAAUAUAUGAAAAUUUGAGUAGCAUACGAAGUACUAAUAAUAUUUUACCUGAAACGAUACCAAAGAUUAAUGCAUCAUCUGUUCCUCAAGAUAUAUUACAGCUUUCAAGACCUAGCAGUUCUUUAGAUACUCAAAAUCCUAAUUCAUGUUGUAUAGGCGUUGUGCCAAAACCUCCUCCACCUUAUCCUUAUCCUAAGGCUCCUGAACCUCCAAUUUAUGCUAACUUACAGGAAUUGUCAUUAAAACCUCAUGCAACAGCAACACACCGUAGUACUUCUAUUAGUGGUAGUAAUAUAAGCAAUUCAGUUCAUCAACAGGUUGCUCCACCUAGUUAUCCAUAUUCUUCUACCCCAUCUUAUAAUUCCCUAAACAAUGUUUCUCAUGUUACAUCUUCGAUUGGUAAAGAUCACCCUUUGGUUUCUGCUGGUUAUAGUUGCCAACCUGUUAGUGCAACUAAUGUUUAUCAAGUUUCAAGUGGUUCUACUCCACAGUGUCAACAAGCCACUGGUCCUAUUGGUAAUGUUAUAUACACCCAAAACAAAGUUUCCACAUCCACUAAUCAGUUGCUAAACAGUUAUUUAGGAAAUUCAGCUGUCAGUUUAGCUUUGAGGCAAUCAAAUUUAUCUAAUUCAUUUACUCCAAUUCAAAACAAGCCAUUAUCCCACCAAUCAGCAAAUCCAUCUCUUAUUAACAGUACGCACAGUUUGCUUUCAAGUCCAAAUCUGCAGUCUAUCAAUUCUUCACUUGUUGGUAGUACGCAUAGUUUGAUAUCAAAUCAUGGUUAUGUUAGUCCUGUGCCAAACAGUUGUCAUUCCCGGGAACCAUCUGUGCUGGCCAAGAUGCAGUUGCCUCAGCCAGCACAUUCUCAAAUACUAACUUCUUCAAUGACACCAAAAUCUGUUUCUGCUGGACAACUGCCUCCACCUCCACCAUAUCCAGGUACAGGAUUUAAGCCAAAUACUUUGAAUUCGAAAACUCUUUUACCAUACAAUGUGACCCCACCAAGGCAAAAAGGGCCAACUGAAGCCGAGAAAAAAAUUGAAGCUUUGACGAAACAAAUUGAAGAUGAAAUGGAAUCUAAUCCUGAGGGCGAAUUUUUUGGAAUUUGUCAUACCUGUGGUGAAAAAGUAACUGGAGCUGGUCAAGCAUGUCAGGCAAUGGGAAAUUUAUAUCAUACAAAUUGUUUCAUAUGUUGCUCUUGUGGACGAGCUUUAAGAGGAAAAGCAUUUUACAAUGUGCAUGGAAAAGUGUAUUGUGAAGAAGACUAUCUUUACUCUGGAUUCCAACAAACAGCAGAAAAAUGUGGCGUGUGUGGUCAUCUGAUUAUGGACAUGAUUUUACAAGCUAUGGGAAAAUCUUAUCAUCCUGGAUGUUUCCGAUGUUGUGUGUGCAACGAUUGUUUAGAUGGUGUGCCUUUUACAAUUGAUAUGGACAAUAAAAUAUAUUGUGUGAAUGAUUAUCAUAAAAUGUUCGCUCCAAAGUGUGCUGCAUGUGGGCAUGCUAUAACUCCUGUUGAGGGAACUGAUGAGACUGUUCGAGUUGUGUCAAUGGACAGAGAUUUUCAUGUUGACUGUUACGUGUGUGAGGAUUGUGGCUUGCAAUUAACGGACGAGCCUGACAAGAGGUGUUAUCCGUUGGAUAAUCAUCUUCUGUGUCAAGAAUGUCAUGUUCACCGAUUAGAAGUUAUGAGCAAUUCAAGCGUUUGUGAUUCAGUGAAUAAAAUCAUGUAAUUAUUUGUUUAUAGUCAAUACAUGUAACAUUCUCGCUUUAUUUAAUACAAGGCAUAUUCAACUGCAAAUCUACUGCUUUCAACUUACAUCUUUCUUUUUGCAUUGAAAGAUAAUUUUUUGCAAGUUGAAUUCUUUUUUGUAAACUUAUAAAUUUGUAAUUUUAUAUAUGCAUGUGUAUGCAUUCAUCAGCAUUGUUAUUAUAUCAUGAGAGAAACUUACAUCAUAUAAGCGAAUUUAGAUUUUUUUUAAGAUGCUUGAUUUUGUGAUAUAAUUAAUCAGUACUUUAUAUGACUUGAGUGAUUUCAAACUGCUUUGUAGAUUUUAUUCCUCUGUAUUCCAAUUCUUUUUCAUUUCAGUUAUGAGGAUUAUCAAUUUUUGGAAGUCAGUGUUAUAUUGUAAUUCUGAUUAAAUAUUGGUUUAAAUCUUCUAUAAUAUAUUGUAAAUUUGUCUUUUACUGUGUCAUUUAUGUAUGUUUUAAUCCUUUUUAUUUCUUAAUUUAAUAACAGAAUUUCAUUCUUAUUUUUCCAAAAAUAAUAAGUUUAUUUAAGUAAAGUUAUAGGUUGUAUCUUAAUGAGAAAAAGUGAAGGACCACUAUGCAGCCUAUUUGUAAAAAGUUUUUUUAAUAUUUAUUUUUAAAAAUUUUUUCGAAUUUCAACAGAAGUAAAUGUGUCAUGUUUCUGCUGUAAUUUGUAUUGGUAUGUUGCUUCUAAUAGUUAUACAAAGAAAAAAUAACAUUUGAUAAAUAAAAAAUUAAGUUCAAGAAAUAUUUUUUAAAAAAAAUCCAAAUUCAAUUUUCAUUUAUGAAGACCAAACAUUUUAAGCUCUUGAAACUUUUUUUAAUUUGUAGACAUUUUUCCAAAAUAAAAUCAUUGAUAGUUGUAAAACCAAAUUUAUCAUCAAAAGCCUGUUUCAGUGAUAUUAAAAUCAAAAGUGUAUUUGUGUUGAAAUGUUUGUAAUGCAGAUUUAUUCAAAAACCUUAAGAUAUUAAUUUUUAUGAGGGAAUUUUUGUUACAUAAUUUAUAAUGCUUUGUUCUAUAUAUAGCAUAUACUAUAAUAAAUAAAUUAAAUGAUUAAUAUUCUGUAAUUUAAUUAUCUAUUAAAUUUCUACAUAAUUUUUUUCUAUUACUUUGUAUAAAUGAUGUAUUUCUUUAUUUUUAUAAUAAUGAAUAUUUCAUAUAUGUUUGUUAUAUAAUCUUAAUAACUUUAUGUACAAAUGACUGAAGUUUUGACAUUCCUUUUUACAUUCUGGAUUCCUUGAUGUGUUGGGAAUGUGAUGGGGAAAAAACAAGACAAGCUGAUGUUUGGUUUGGGUGCUGGAAACCUAAACAUGUCCUGUGUAAAAGUAUUCGAUUAGAAAUGCAGAUAAUUAUUUUGCAAAACUGUAGAAAUUAUAAAAAUAUUUAUUAAAGUGAGAAUUCUUGAAAUAUAAUUUAUUAUAUGAAAGAAUUGUAUAUUUUGAAGAAUAAUGUCACCUUAUUGGGGGAAAAAAAAAUAAUAGAGAUAAAAAUGCAAAAUUGAUACACUUUUUUCAGCUAUUUUAUAGUUUACCGAAACUCGUAACAUUCCAGAUAGCUGCAUAUUAACAUAUAUUAAUAAGAGUAUUUCUUUGCUUUCAUUUGUAAAAAGCAGAAUCUUUUAUUACUUAUUUCCAAAUAUCUUCCUCAGGGUUGCACUAAUUUUAUUUAUACUAAUUCAUUGUGGUUUUAAAUUAAUGGUAAUUUUAAUUAUUUCACUGUCAAUCAAUGACAAGUUUCUUAGUACCUGGCUUACUGGGUUUAUGUGUGUGUAUAUAUAUACACUUUUUAACCUCAAAGACAGGAGAAUUUUAAUUACUACUAAUGAACUGUAAUUUUAAUUAUUGAAUAUUGUUUCUAUGUAUUAUGUAUUAUUGAAAAUGGUAUUGACAGAUUGUAGAUGUAGAUCCAAAUUUGACAACAAAAAAAAAUUAUUUCUAAACAUAGAAGCAACUGAUUACAUGUCAUUAAUUAUUGAUUGAUAGUAUUUUAGGGGUAUAUAAUAUGCAAGUUUUUCAGUAAUUUUUUUUUAACUUUUAUUUAGUGUCACAUAUGCUAAAUUUUUUAAUUUAAGCUUUCUAGGUUUCAUUAUUUUUUUAUUGUGCAGCCCUUUUCAAAAUUAUCAUUGUGAUAACUUUUGUUAAUUUAAUAUUGUAUUUGUCAUUUUCUAGUUUUUUUUAAUGAUAAUUUGACUACAUGCGAUUUUUUGAUGAUUUUUCUGGAU